GACCCUGCCCUGACACGUUUUAGGAAUGAGGCUGAUUUCUCCUCCGAAACACUGUUCAUCUUGAUUCUAACCAUUUCGCUUUCUCGUCGACCAUCAUGUCUAGGCAAGAUAAAGCCACGACUGAGAGAAAUGCUAAAAUUCUCAAAGAUUUGGUCAAGCGAUCAGACAAUAAGGUCUGUGCAGAUUGCAAGCGGAACGAUCCUCGUUGGGCAUCAUGGAAUUUGUGUGUUUCACAUUUCCGCUUCUGCUCUAGCCUGACCAUGCUUUCCAGAGGUGUCUUCCUGUGCAUUCGCUGUUCAGGCAUCCAUCGUGGCAUGGGAACGCAUAUCAGCCGCGUCAAGUCCGUCGAUCUCGAUAUCUGGACACAGGAACAGAUGGAGUCGAUUCAGAAAUGGGGGAAUCGCCGUGCUAACUUGUACUGGGAAUCCCAUCUAAAGUCUGGACAUGUCCCCCCAGACCACAAAAUGGAGUCAUUCAUACGUUCGAAAUAUGAGUCUCGCAGAUGGGCACUUGAUGGACCCCCGCCGUCCGAUCCAUCGAUUCUUGAGACUGAAACUUCGAAUGGGCCUAGUUCACAAGCUGCUGAGCAACCGCCCCCUGCGGCUACGCAAUCCUCACGCUCAGCGCAUAUAACAAAUACCAGUAUCUCUGGUGCAAGAUCAGCAUCUCCAAUACUCCAGACCCACAUCACAACACGCCAGCCUCAAUCCCGCCAGUUGCUCUCCUCCGCAAUUGCCGGCAGAGCAAUCAACUCUGAACUCACUAUCGUCACUUCUCCCACAUCUGCUGCACCUCAACCAACAUUGGCGCAGCCAGCCCCUCCAUCUCAAGAUGACCUAUUCUCACUGGACUUCCAUGCACCCGCUCAAAAGGUAGCUUCAUCGCCGCCAUCUAAAGAUAUGAAAUCAGACAUCAUGUCCCUCUUUUCCUCUGCUCCCGCUGCUACCCCCAGUCAUUCCAACCUGUCGACAGGUGCCGGUUCCAGUGCUUUUGGCACUUUUGCGUCACCUUCUCAGCCACAAUCCGCAUGGGAUCAGCCUGGAAGCGCCCCUCAGGCCCAACCUCAGCCUACAAGCAUGAUGGGGACUAGCGGCACUGCUUUGUGGGGCGCUUCUUCUGGCUGGAACGCUACUCCUGUUACACCCUCCCAAAACACACUAUGGGGGAGCUCAGUAAUUCCUACGGCACAACAACCCCAGUCUCAGACGAACUCGUUUAACACAAAUGAUAUCUGGGGAUCGUCUGUCUCUGCACCCAGUAACGCCAACAACCCUUUGGGCACUUCUCAGGCGCACCCUGCGCCCAAGAAGGACGAUGCGUUCGGAGAUCUGUGGGGUGACUUUAAGUAG